UCCCGGACAGCUCUUUACCACAGCAUCACAGAAGGGAGGGGAAAACGUCAGACAAUGGAGACAGACAGCUUGCUGUGAUUUAUGGAGCUCAGGCGGAAGGAUCUGUGGUUAACAUGAAAACCAACCGAGCCAGUAGGCAAAAUACUAUUUUAUCAUUAUUUAUCUGUGCGGGUGCAUGUUAGCAUGUACUGUGCGUUUUGUUUAUUUUAGAUUUUUCUUUUUUAGACUGAUGCUUGGAUAGGUUCAAGUUCGUCUCUGUAAACCCUGAUUAGGGGCUUGUGUCGAGAUCCAUAGCGAAUGAUGCUUGAUUACUCUGAGUUUUUUUCUUUUUUGUUGGAUCUCCGAUGAAAUCGAGACAUGCUGUGCUGCAACGAGCUGAUCAGACGAAUCUCCGCUCUGUUCCCAACAACUCACGGUGCCGAGCUUCUCCCAAGGUAGGACCUCUUCUGUAUGCCUGUUCCUGCCUCCCAGCAGCCAUGGAACCCCUCCCUGAGUACUCUAUGUUCAUGGUCCGCAUCCUGGAUGAGCUGGACGCCAAGCACAACAUAAUUUCCUACCAGGACCUGUGCAAGUCCCUGUGCACUCGCUUCGACCUAGUGCAACUGGCCAAGCUCCGCAGCCUGCUCUUUUACACGGCAUGCCUGGAUCCAGCUUUUCCAGCCACCCUCUUCAAGGACAAGAUGCGCUGCUCCAUGGAGGACCCGCAAUCCAAGAAGCUCAUGGUAGCAGCAGACAUUGUCACCAUGUUCAACUUGAUCCAGAUGAAUGGAGGCAUAGCCAAAGACAAGCUCCCCAUAGUGCAUAGAGCCAAGUUCCACAAGAACCAGUCGGUGGAGCUGUGCAGGUCAAACAGUAAUGACCAUACAUUUCAGGACUGUGAAAGAGGGCUUAGUCAUGAGCACAUGGAUCACCCCAGGGAUGAACAUCAUCACCACCACCACCACCAUCAUCACCGCCCCAAGCAGCACCCUGUAGCUCAGAGAACCCCUCCCUGUCCUAAAACAUCCAACAUAAACUGCAAGAAGUUUAUUCCAACCUGUGACCCGAACUUUCUUCUGGGCGUCAGCAAGGACCUGAAAUGUACAGCAGGCUCUCUGGACAAGCUGCACCAUCUGCCCCAGUACUCCAGCGGUAGUCCACACUCUCCACCCUGUGAAAUGCAGAGCACCUACUUUCCCAUGGACAUUGACAGCGGGUCCAACACCGACCAGGAGUCCCUGCCGCCCAUCAGCCAUCCAGAGACCUUCUCUGUUCACUCUUGCAUCCAAAAGAGGAACAUAUUUAAGGAGGACUUCCACAACUUUGUGUCCUUCUCACCACAGGUGAUGACCACUGAGGAAAAACAGGGCAGGAAGGCUGCUGACGACUACCACCGGAGGGAACUGCACAAGCCUGCUACAUUCUUUAACCGCAGCUUUGAAUUACCCUACAGUAACCCCUACUUUGAGCCAACAUUUAACUCCCCUCUUCAAGACAGACGAAGGGUGAAGCACGAGAGCCUGGACGACUUACAGGCAUCCACAUACUUUGGACCGACCACAGUCUCUGAGUGCGUUAGCAGCAGGAAGUCCAGUAACAAAGCAAGGAAGCAGCCAGCGUGGCCGGUAAAGAGCCUUAGUCUCAACACAGAAGAUGGGCCUUCAGACGUUGAGAGGUCAUUUCUGAACAGCAAACCACUUAAAGAAAACCACCACCGCAAUGUCAACAUCAUAAGCACUGACAACGAGCAGCAUUUUCAAAGCUCAAAGGAAAAGGUAGUAGCUUCUCCAUGUGGCCUUGCAAAGACAACUAAUGGAAUAAAAAACAAGGAUGUAGCACUGAUAGUAAGUGGUUCUGUGGGUUUGGAGAAAAGAGACACAGCCAAAAUAUUUAAGGACAAAAAUAUGAACAGUCUAUCCUUUCAGGAAAUGGACAGCUCCUCUAGUGUUGGGACUCAAACAGAGCAGCCUGAGUGGAAAAAGGUAAAGGAAUACCCAGCUAAGUACAGUGAAAGAGAAAGUCACACCUUCAAACACUGUGAUGAGGACUCUGAGGUCAUUAGUGAUGACAUAAGUGACAUUUUUCGUUUUCUGGAUGAUAUGAGUGUUUGUGACUCUCUGGGCCUUGUCCAAUCGUCAUGCUACAACAGUAAUGGGUCUGUCUCUCAGGUAACACUAAAAUCUGAAGGCGACAGCUCCCCUGAACUCAACACGGUCAAACUAGCCAAGUCGAAGCUGGAUCGCCUCUUCCAUUCGCUAGAAAACACAGACGAUGAGCUCAAAUCGAGUGUGUGCAAGCUGGUUAUGAGGAUUGGUGAGAUCGAAAAGAAGCUAGAAUCUCUGUCAGGGGUUCGCAGUGAGAUCUCCCAGGUGCUUUCCAAACUCAAUAAGCUGGACGAGAAGAUCCAGGAGCCUGAGGUCAAUGGGAGACACGGGAAGACAGCAUCUGGAUCUGGAUCCACUGCCACCACCGACAAGCCACAGCCCCACCUUCAUCCACAUCCCGACACUACCCUCUCACCACGUGUUUUCCAGUGCCACACCACCGGUCACAAUGUCAAAAUGGACAAUGGCACUUCAGGGGAGUGGUGCUGCUCCGAUGGGAGUACCAGCGAUAGCCUCAGGGUAAAAGCUCUAAAGAAGACCAUUUUCACCAGGAGGUCGUCCCGCUCACUCAACGAGGAGAACAGUGUCAUUGAUUCAAAGGUCGCCAGCAUCACCAACUCCCCGCGGGACUGGAGGACAGUCUCCUACUCUUGCUGCCCUGGAGAUGAGAACAAGGACCGAGACGGCAAUGGCAGACACCGGAAGGCUAAAGAGGCAGAACGAGAGCGUCAAUACGGGCUACCUCAAGCCCACCACCCCCCUAAACCACCAAAGGAGUCCUACUUGAGGGAAUUAGUUUUCUCACCACACCCCUUCACUCCCUCCAAUAAGGCCCAUGUGAAAGGCAGCCCCCUGUACACCGACCUGAGGCUCACCAGCCUUUCAGAUGGCAAGCGCGUCCAACCAUCCUGGACCAUCAAGGAGUAUAAACGCAACUCAGAAGUGAAGGGAAAGCAGCUCACAGCCCUGGACCUGCAGACACAGGAGUCCCUAAACCCCAAUAACCUGGAGUACUGGAUGGAGGAUAUCUACACACCAGGCUUUGACUCACUGCUCAAGAGGAAAGAGGCAGAGUUCAGGAGGGCGAAAGUGUGUAAGAUUGGCGCGCUGAUUGCAGCUGCUACCUGCACUGUGAUCCUGGUCAUCGUUGUUCCAAUUUGCACCAUGAAAACAUGAGAGUACCAGGGCGAU